UUCAACCGCCAAGUAAGUUACAUUUUGCCAUGUCACGCUAAAGUACUUUGAGAGCAGUUUAUUUAUAGCAAAUUGGAUUGGCGUGGACACGGAGACAUAUGCAGCUGGAUAUAGAAUAUGAAAUGAGAGCCCGUCGUGGGUUUUUUGAAGAUAAUUCCCGGUGAUUUGUGAGCCGCCGUUAUUACUGUAUAGCUAAUGUGAGCCAGUGAAGCCAGACGCCUCAUGUUUUCGUCAAGCCAGGAGGAGCACUGCGCCCCGUCCAAAGACCCGGUGAAGUACGGGGAGCUGGUGGUGCUGGGGUACAACGGCUCUCUGCCCAAUGGAGAUCGGGGGAGACGGAAAAGCCGGUUUGCGCUGUACAGGAGGACCAAAGCCAACGGGGUGACGCCGAGCACCGUGCACAUCCUCAACACGCCCCAGGCCAGCAAGGCGGUGAACUGUAAAGGCCAACACAGCAUCUCCUACACGCUGUCCAGGAACCACACGGUGGUGGUGGAGUACUGCCAUGAUAAAGACACGGACAUGUUCCAGAUUGGGCGUUCCACUGAGAGUCCCAUAGACUUUGUGGUGACGGACACAAUAGCCGGAGGCCAGGAGGGAGAGGAGACUCCCAUCACACAAAGCACCAUCUCCCGCUUCGCCUGCCGAGUGGUCUGCGAGCGCGGCCCGCCUUUCACUGCUCGCAUCUACGCAGCGGGUUUUGAUUCUUCCAAAAACAUCUUCCUCGGGGAAAAAGCGGCGAAAUGGAAGAACCCCGACGGUCACAUGGACGGACUGACGACCAACGGCGUGCUGGUAAUGCACCCCAAGGGCGGCUUCACGGAUGAGUCGAAGCCCGGCGUGUGGAGAGAGAUCUCCGUGUGCGGCGACGUCUACACGCUGAGGGAGACCCGCUCGGCUCAGACCCCGGGCAAACUGGUGGAGCACGAGAAUAACAUCCUGCAGGACGGCUCCCUGGUGGAUCUCUGUGGCGCCACGUUGCUGUGGCGCACCGCCGAGGGCCUCUUUCACACGCCCACCCAGAAGCACCUGGAGGCCCUCAGGCAGGAGAUCAACGCCGGGCGGCCCCAGUGCCCCGUGGGCCUCAACACGCUCGCCUUCCCCAGCAUGCAGCGCAGCCGCGCCCUCUCCCACCUCGAGGACAAGCAGCCGUGGGUCUACCUGGCGUGCGGCCACGUCCACGGCCACCACAACUGGGGCGACCGCUCGGAGCAGGAGGCCGGCCCUCAGCGGGAGUGUCCCAUGUGCCGGGUGGUCGGGCCCUACGUGCCGCUGUGGCUGGGCUGCGAGCCGGCCUUCUACGUGGACACGGGGGCGCCCACGCACGCCUUCGUGCCGUGCGGACACGUGUGCUCGGAGAAGUCGGUCAAGUACUGGGCCGAGAUCCCCCUGCCCCACGGCACCCACGCCUUCCACUCCGCCUGCCCCUUCUGCGCCAGCCAGCUCAGCCUCACGCGGGGCUGCACCAAGCUGAUCUUCCAGGGCCCGGUGGACUGAGCCGAGGGGUCCCGCUCCGUCACAGAAGGUCAGACGGCGACGCCGACAUGCCGUGAAAACCGUUCCGAUUGUUUUGUGCUUUCUUUUGUUCAUGCGAGCCAGCUGUGGAAAGGAGCGAGUCCUCCCGAGUUCUGGUCCCAGACUGUGGAUUCUGCACAACAGAGAGCCAUCGCCGAUUGUUGGCGCCGGGCGGCCACUCGGAGGCGGAGACGCGAAGCGCACCGGACCAGAGACGCCUCGCGCCUCCAAAGAUGAAAUACUGUUUCAGCUGUCGGGCAAACCGCUCUCAACAAGGCCGCGUUGAGCUACGACGACGGCUGGCUCUCCAUCCGAGGGCCGGAGAAUGAAGGCGGUCGAAGGAAUAUAUUGAGAAUAAUUUAACGUUUUUACAGAGUCCGACAGCUGGACUGUUGGCUGGGGGGAAACCAGGGAAACCAGUCUCAUGACUCAUGGUGAAGUGCUCCCCGUCGGCCCUGAGCCCCGAACGGCAUCUCGAUCGCGCCGUUCUCCGGGCUUCCAUUUGCUGAACCAACUUCAAGGCGGGGGUGGGAAAAAAGACUUCAUGUACAGAGAUAUAAUCCAGUGCCUCAAAUCCUAUUAAACGGUGGGAAUAUUUUUAAUAAAUGAGAAAACAUGGCAGAGGGAGAGAGAGUUUUGCAUACAUAUGGAAAUGACAGCCCACAUGAUUCUUCAACACAUUUCUAUCGGACAGAAGAGGUGUUUUACUGUUUUGCAAUGCAAAUGUUAAUAUAUUUUUCCUCUGCAUAAAUAACGCGCGCGAGCGUGUUUGCGAGCGCGUGGGUCGGACUGCGUGGGCGCCCUCUGGGCUUUGUGUGAGUCGACCUGCAGAUUCCUUUCACCACAAUCCCCUUCCUGUGACGUCGCCCACCUUCCAGAACACCGCCCGGGAGAACCGGAGCUCAACGAAUGUUCCGGAACACACCGGCUCUCCUCCCCGGCGAUCCUAUAACUGCACCACGUACCUACUCAAUGCGACGUUCCAGGGCCGACAGUACGGUGGAAGCCGAGCCGAGAGCCGCACUACCGUAUGCAUCCACCGCGCCUGCCUGCUAGCGAGCCGUGCCACACACACACACACACACACGCACCGUAUUCAAUCUGCACUGCUGUUGGCUUCAUCCCGUGCUGGGUCCGAUCCAGCGAUUUGCACGCCGGUGAACCUGGGCACGGUCUCAGCGGCAUCCGGAGAUUAUACCAAAUAUAAGGAGGAGCCGUUUCUCCUCCGCAUGCGAGAUGUGACGACCACGCUGUAAACAAUCCUAAACCCAAACCGCUGCUCCAAGUGAGUAAUGAUAUCGCACGCCGUGCCAAAUUGGGCGAGUUCUAUUGUGUGCGGAUGAGCCGAGUUGUCCAAAAACAAAGUAGCAGAGCAACUAACUCAAGAAUCUGGGGCGACUCGUGCAUUCUUCUCCUGUGACGUCAGCUGACCAGACUGCAGAGUGUCGUCGGAGGCCUUCUGCCCCUUGUUUAUAAAGUACGAUAUCGAGCAUUGCAAUGGUGAGGUGUUGCUAUUAGAGCGAUCACAUUGUCUUCAGGUUGCAUUAUAAUGAAUAUCAGUGAGAGAGGGGCAGAAUCCACCUGGAUCAAGGGCUUGUCGACUUCACCAUGGAUCCGAUUGAGAGCAGCGAUGAGCCGCCGGAGGGUUUUCUUCUUCUUUGUCGGUCGCGUCUUUAAAAGAAACAAACGGAGCGUUGUGAAAAGUAACGGCAGCGCGACGCUCCGCUCGGACCACAGAGCGCUUCUCGAUCCCCGGAUUCUGACGGUCGGGGUCCAGAAGUCGGCCACGUGCCGUCCAGUGGCAUUCCUCUCCGACACGGCGUGAGGCCGUGUUCUGCAACAGCUGCAGAGUCGUGGCCCAAACGUUCCUCCUGGGUAAACGCGGGCGGGGCUCUCCGUUCACACAAGGCCUCGGUCCCAUGAGUUCUGUCUGUACACGAGCCAUAGAACACGCACCGACGCUCCCGAUGCCUCCUUUGCAAAGAAUAAAAUGUAUUUUUUGAAAAUGU